GUGUUGUAAUUAACUUUUAUUUUUCAGUGGCAACACGAUAAACAUUAACUUUAAAUAAUAUAGUUUGUUAAAACUAUAUUGAUGUAUUGAUUGACUUAUGGACGUAAACAUUUGUUCGUUAAAUUAUUAUAUCCGAUAUAAUUGAUCCCACGAUUUUAUUUUAUGCAAUUUUUAUGUUUAUACUUACAUUUUUACGAAGUAUAAAAUAUUAAAAUGGAUUUUACUCGAAUAGGUGCUAAAAACUCACAAGAUGUGUUUGUCUAUGAGAAUUUUAAUAUGUAUAUCUGUCCGGACAACAUUUUUAUAGAGCCAGUGCAAAAUACUAAUGUAGUACUAAGUUUUGACCGUGUAGACUUCACUUGUCAAAAACAAGUAAACAAAGGACAAAUACCGAGUAAAUGUGGGCAUCAGAAAAUUGCUGGGAUAUUAGGUAUCGUACGGCUUUUAGUUGGACCAUAUAUUAUUAUAAUUAAAGAAAAACAACUUUUGGGUAAAAUAAGUGGUCAUGAUAUUUGGCAGUUGAGAGACAUUGAUUUGAUACCAUUACCCAAAACAAAGUUGCAUUUAAAUGACACACAAGUACAAAUGGAUUUGGAAUACAUGAAUAUGGUUAAACAAACAUUCAGCACGCCAUAUUACUAUUUCUCCUAUACAUACGAUUUAACACAUACAAUGCAGAGGUUAUAUAAUACAUCGCCAUCAUUUUUAGAUACGCCAAUGUAUGAGAGAGCCGAUAUCAGAUUUUUAUGGAACCAUUAUUUGUUGACAAAUUUUUGUAAAGAAAACUCGGAAUUCUGCGUUUCGGUAAUUCAUGGAUUCAUUGCUAUAAAUGAAUGCAAAUUAAAUGGAAAACCUUUUAUUUGGACUCUCGUUUCAAGACGAUCCCGAUAUAGACAUGGCCCUAGGUUGCUGAAGCGUGGUAUAGAUCACAAUGGAAACGUAGCAAAUUUUGUUGAAACUGAAAUGAUUGUAGAAUACAACAAUACCCGAAGUUCUUAUGUUCAAACCCGUGGCUCUAUACCUUUGUUUUGGUCUCAAUAUCCAACUCUGAAGUAUAAACCCGUUGUACAGAUAUCUUCAAAUGAAAAUCAUUUUGAUGCUGCUACUCAACAUUUUAAUGAACAGAUAUCGUUUUAUGGGCAACAAAUUUUAAUUAACUUGAUUGACCACAGAGGUGCCGAACAAGAAUUAGAACGUAAAUACCAUGACAUUGUUAAUAUGAUAGAUAAUAAUAAUAUUAAAUACGAAGCUUUUGAUUUUCAUUCCGAAUGUAAAAAAAUGAGAUGGGAUAGACUUUCUAUUCUGGUUAACAGAGUAGCGCAUGAACAGGAUAAUUUAAAAUAUUUUCUUCUCGGGUCUGACGGAAAACUGUUAAUAUCACAAAAAGGAAUAUUUAGGACAAACUGUAUCGAUUGUCUGGACCGAACAAAUGUCGUACAAAGUUUAUUAGCCCGAAGAAUGUUAACAAUUAUGUUACAGAAAUUGGAUAUAUUAAGCUUAGGACAAAAAGUAGAAGACCAGUUUGAUUUUGAGGCAUUAUUCAAAACGGUCUGGGCGGAUCAUGCCGAUACUAUAUCGAUUCAAUAUUCAGGCACGGGAGCACUAAAAACUGAUUUUACCCGAACUGGCAAAAGAACUUAUAAUGGCAUGUUGAGGGAUUUAAAAAAUUCUUUAAUGCGCUACUAUAAGAAUAAUCUACGAGACGGUGUGCGACAAGAUUGUAUUGAUCUUGUUUUGGGAAGUUAUAAAGUAAAUACAGAAGAGAGUGCAUCAUUACCAUGUCCGUUAGAAGUCAAACCUGCAUUAAAAUACUUUAUGUAUCCAAUUAUUUUAAUGAUUGCACUUGCGAUGUUCAUGGCCAAUGCAGUGUUUACAUCAGAGUACAAUACAGGAACAUACCUUUUCCUACUUUUCUGGGGUACAAUGGUAAUUUGUGUAUUGUCACUAAUAUUUUACUACGGCAAGGAAUUUGUUAAUUAUCCACGAUUGUCUAGUUUUGAUAACGGAAAACGUCUACAUCACCAUCAUGAAUAAUACAUUCCUUACCACACACAUACAUAUAUAUAUGUAUUACUAUUAUUAGAUGAAAUUUUAAAGUUAAUAUGGUGCAUUUGUUAUUUUAUAAAUAAAAAAAAUUGUUUUUAUAUAUGAUUUUAAUUCAAAUAAUAUUUAAAAUUUUUAUUGUAAUAUUUUUGUCAAAUAUCUCUAGGCUGCUGUAUAGUGUCUUUUAAGUUUAUUAAGGCUUAUAGGUAACUGUAGUUAAUAAAUUAUUGUCGUUUUUUUAACCAAUAAAUAUUCCAUUUGUUAAAGAAUUACAAUUUUAUUCUUGUGUAA